CUCCAGUCCUCUGAUCGACUGAUCAGAACAGCUAUUGAACCUUCAGAUACCUCUCUGUCAAGCGACACUUCUGCCUUCUACCAAAAUCUCCCAACCACUUCCAACAGCAUGGACAAAUUCAGCAACCCCGCCGACUCGAAACCCUCCAAAACCCCUCUCGGGGUCACCGGUUCAUCGACACCUCACAAGGCCGUGAUCAAAAACGUCGACAUGGCCGACAACAUGAAGGAUCGAGCCAUCGAGUUGGCCACAGAGGGAUUGAACAAGUAUAGCAUGGAAAAGGAUAUGGCAGAGUUCUUGAAGCGGGAAUUUGAUGCGCAGUAUGGAGUCACUUGGCAUUGCGUCGUCGGGAAAAACUUUGGUUCUUUCGUCACUCAUGAGACAAACAACUUUAUCUACUUUUACCUCGGACCCAUCUCCAUCCUCCUCUGGAAGACGUCUUGAAUCCACUAAGGUUCGAGAUCAUCACGAGACCUCCCUUCUUCUCUGUUACGGACCAUCCUUCCUUGCCAACAACCCGCAUCAGCAUUCUCAUCAUCAGUAACGACCAUCUCCACCCCCCCCUCCUCCCGCUUCAUCUUCCGCUUUUCUUUCGUCUCACCACGGACUCGGAGGAUCGGGUCUUCCACCACAUCUUGACAUCAUCUUCACUGCAACCUGGAUAUUGCCGACGUCUCCUCUUCUCAAUCUCAAGGAACAAGGAUCCUGCAUGUAACUUU